GUAAGUACAGAAAACAAAUCAGAGUGAAAUGAGAGAGACAAAGGCUAAAGUUUUGUUCCUUUGGGCAUUCUUUGCAUUGUACAUCAGAUUCAUCAUUGAAGCACACCAAUCAUCAACGCUAGAAACAGAAAUUGAAGCCAAAUUGAGGCAACUCAAUAAGCCUGCUGUCAAAACCAUCAAGAGUGAAGAUGGAGAUAUUAUUGAUUGCGUCAACAUCUACGAUCAACCUGCUUUUGAUCAUCCGGCUUUAAAAAACCACACCAUCAAGAUGAUGCCUGAUUAUCUGCUAAAAUCUGAAGAUUCAAGCACAGAAGAUGAUUUGGAGACAGAGAUAUUUCAGACAUGGCAAGAGAGUGGAAGUUGCCCAGAAGGAACCAUUCCGAUACGCAGAAUCCUAAGGGAAGACUUACUCAGAGCUACUUCUCUUCAUAGCUUUGGCCGGAAAUUUCCUCAACCUCGUCAAAAUGUAACAGCAAACCAAAUAAAGGAAUUUAUUCCACAAAAUCGUUCGUCAGCAUAUCUUGUGACAAUGGGAUACAAUUAUAUUGGUUCACAAGCAGACAUCAACGUUUGGAAUCCAAAGGUUCCCGAGUCAGGCGAGUUCACCACAGCUCAAAUAUGGCUUAAAAACAACAACAAUCCCUAUUUUGAAAGCGUGGAAUCAGGGUGGAUGGUGAAUCCCAAGCUGUAUCGUGAUGGGGCAACCAGGUUUUUUGCGUAUUGGACGAGGGAUUCAUAUAGGUCCACAGGGUGCUUUGAUCUUACUUGUUCAGGAUUUGUGCAAACAGGGCAGGUGGUGCUUGGUGGUACCAUAAAACCUAUAUCAUCACGUCGGGGUCAACAAUAUGACUUUAAUGUUGGAAUGUUCCUGGAUGCACACACAGGAAAUUGGUAUCUGAAGGUGAAUAAGAACAUCCCUGUGGGUUAUUGGCCGGCUGAGAUAUUGGGUUCUUUGAGGCACAGUGCGAUAUUGGUUGAAUGGGGAGGACAGGUGGCAAGUAGCAACAUAAGGAAGACAACCCCUCACACGACAACACAGAUGGGUAGUGGAGAUUUUGCAGAUGGUCGAUUUAAGAAUGCUUGUUUUAUGCGAAACAUAAGGAUUAUGGAUUAUUCGCUUCAACUCAAGUAUCCUAGUUAUGUAAGUUCAAUGGCUGAUGAACCCUAUUGUUACAGUGCUCUCAAUGAAGCCAAAUACGGGGCUGAACCUAUCUUUUAUUUUGGAGGACCUGGACGAAGGCCACCCUAUUGUCCCUAA